AUGUUUGCCGCGAGCGCGCCCGGCGCGGCUGUGCCCUUUGAGGAGCGCUACCAGGCGCUUGCCGGCACAGCAGGAGGCGGCGGCGGCUGGGAGGAUACCCCAGAGGAGAGGGAGGAGUUGCUGCUGGCGCUCGACGCGGCCCUGUCAGACGGCCUCCCCUGCUACGCCGCCGCCCUCGCCGCCGCGCCCCACGCGCCCGCGCUGCUCGCCGCCGCGUCCGACGCGUGGCGUGGCGCGGCGGCCGCCGUUGGCCAGCAGUCGCAGCGGCUGGCGGACGUGCUGGAAACUUUUGUGCUGCCGGUCAACGCACACACGAGGUAUCGAGGGGCUACUAAGGGCUCGGUGUUGUACCUGCCCGGCGUCAUCCGCGCCGUCACUAGUGACUGGAACCACAAGAAGAUCUACGCCAGCCGCUGCACGGGCGGCAAGCGCGUAGCGCAGGUGUGCAUUUGCGUCGACGUGUCCUCGUCGAUGGCGGGGCAGCGGCUGCAGGCCGCGCAGGAAGGGGCCGUCAUGGCGAUAGAGGCGCUCGUCAACUGCGGAUUAGAAGACUUCUGCGUGAUCGCCUUUGCGGGCGGCGUGCAGCUGGUCAAGGGGCCGGACACGCCCUGGGGCCCCGAGACGCAGCUGGCGCUGCUGCGCGCGUUCGCGGCUGGCGCCGGCGGCCCCGCCGGCCGCGCCGCGACGCUCGACGCCGCGGCCGUCGACGCCGCGGCCGCGCUCAUGGCGGCCGCGCGGCCGAAGCCCGGCGCGGAGCGGCUCGCGCUCGUCUUCACCGACGGCCUCGGCACGACCGGCGUGCGGCUGGCCGGCGCGCUUGCGCGCGCCACGGACUCGCGCGUCCGCGUCGUGGGAGUCGGCCUGGGCUUCGACGCGACCUUCGUGCCGGCUACCUACCAGCGCUGGGCGACGGCCGCGCUGCCGCGCGACCUGCCCGACGCGCUGCAGGCCCUGUUCAGCCAGGACGAGCCGUCCGCCGGCGGCGCCCCCGUGCCGCCCGCGGCCGCGCCUGGCGGCGCCGGCGCCGGCCUGGUGCCCGUGCGCCGCGGCGCCGCGGAGAGCCUGGACGGCUUGCUGCAGGUGCAGCUGGAGGGUCAGGCGCGGCUGUUCACCGGCCUGGUGCGGGCGCUGGGCGACGAGGUGGAGGCCAAGGUGCUGCACACCCAGCCCGACGACAUGAGCGUGGACGUGUGCUUUGCUAUCGACGUGACGGGGUCGAUGAGCGGCUGGAUAGAGGCCUGCAAGGCGCAGGUCCUUGCGAUCGCCACGCAGCUGCUCCCAAAAAUCAAGCAGCAGACCAAGGGCCUGGACGUGCGCGUGCGCUGGGGGCUGGUGGCGUACCGUGAUGUGGACGAUGCCGUGCCCCUGGAAAUCGUUCCCUUUGCCGACGCCCCCGACGCCCUCAUCGCCAAGGUGAAGAGCCUGCAGGCCGCCGGCGGCGGCGACGAGCCAGAGGACAUGGCCGCCGCGCUCGCCACGGCCGCGGGCCUGGACUGGUGCUCCAAGGCGCGCUUCCUGGUGGUGCUCGCAGACGCGCCCCCCCACGGCUCAGAGUGCCACGACCUGGCCGCGGGCGCGGACCGCUACCCCGGCGGCCCGCCGACGCCCGGCGCGGGGCUGGCCGAGGUUAUGGACGCGCUGCGCAAGAACGAGAUCGACCUGAUGAUGAUGCCGGUCAAGAAGGGCCGCCUCGACAAGACCCUGGCAGCAUUCCGCCGCCACUACGAGCGCCCCGACUCGACCCACCUCAAGCUCACCGUGGAGCCGCUGUUCAACGCCGCCGCGCCGCCGGCGGGCGCGUUCCACUUUGUGUUCUGCCUCGACUGCUCCGGCAGCAUGAGCGGGCGCCCGUGGGCAGACGUGGUGCAGGCGUACGGCCAGCUGCUGGCGCGCCGCCGCAGCGACCAAAACCAGGGGGAUGUCGUGUCAGUUGUCACGUUCUGCUCCAGCCCCCACGUCGCGGCGGCGGUGACACCCAUCGACGCCGCGCCGUCGAGCCUGCCGUACAGCGGCGGCGGCACCUGCUUCGCGCCCGCCCUGGCAGAGUGCCAGCGCCUGCUCGAGGCGGCGCCGGCGCGCUACACGCCGGUGCUGAUCUUCAUGAGCGACGGGGAGGACUGCUCCAGCGGCGCGACGCAGGCCGUGCAGCAGCUCUGCUCGAGGCUGCGCAUGUGCAACCUGCAGGUGCAUACGAUCGCGUUUGGCAGCGGCAUCAAACUGCUUGAGGACAUGGCGGCAGCGGCUGGGUCGGCGGGGCAGUACCACGCAGCGGCGGGCGGCCUGCAGCUGCAGCAGGUGUUUGUGCAGAUUGCGGCGGAAUGCAGCGCAGUGGACGGGCUGGUGAGGGAGUUUGCGCAGAAGCUGACCGAGAUGAUCUCGGUCAAGAUCAUGGUUGACUACCUGUGA